AUGCCGGACUUAUCUCUUCUUCCUCAGUGCAAAAAAAGAAUUUUAUGGACGGACAAGGUAAGAAAUAUUUGUAUGGUAGGAAGAUAAACUCUUAAAGUAAUUUGUAAGUAAAUACUAAAAUGAAAAGCUUGGCUGGAAAAAGAUUUCACAAGCUCUUCGAAAAUAAGGCUAUGACAGAAAUACAAAAGCUUGUAGAGAGAGAUUUUUUAAUUAUCUUGACAAUUCUUACAAUAAAAGUGAGUUGUCAUAAUUUGAACUUGAUAAGCUUUUUGAUCUCAUAAAAAUACACGGAAAUAAGUGGGUAUAAAUAUUGAAUGACUAAAGACUUGUAUUGCUAAAGAACUCAAUCAUCGAACGGACCAAGAUAUCAAGAAUAAAUUUUAUGCACAUGUUAAAAAAGUGUUUAGGCGAUUAUUAAAAGCCUCAUAUAAAACAAAUGAAAGUAAGCAUAUUUAGAGUUUUUCGAGGUUCAUUAAUUACAGCUAAGUUACAACCCCUAUUGAUUUCUAGUAUAUUUUGCUGUGAUAAUGAGAAUGAUAGUAAACAAAUCGAUAUUAAAGAUGAUAUGAAAGAGCUCUUUAAAAGUUUGAUCAGGGAAAAUAAGUCAAUUAAGCAAGGAGAAAAGAUAAAUGAAGAAACCAGAGAAAAAGUGAAAUAAAUUUCAUUAUAUUUGGAUAAAGAAAAGUAUGUUGAAUAAUACUAAUUAUAGUUAAUAAUAUCUGUAAAAUAAAAUUACAAGAAAAGCGAAUAAAUUAAAAGCAAAAACUAAACAAACUAGCUAAAAAAUCAAAAAUAAUUAUAGUGAGUUACAACAAUAGAUAAUUCUAGAGAAGAUUCAAAACAAAGAAACCAUUUUUGCCUCUACAAAAAAGAUGCUUGAUCCUCCUUCCUUAGAUUUUGAUACAAAAUUUUAGAACGCCUAUUACUAUAUACAACAAUCUAAAGUCUCAGAUAAUGAAUAACAACAUUAAAUUGUAUCCCACACUCCUUUUUAUUGCCAACAGUCCUCCAUUAAAAUCGAUUCAUUUUGUGUAAAUUAUACUUUAAAUUUUAGUCACCUGAAUUUUUUUAAGUGCAAAUUCACUCUGAUUCCUUUAAUUAUCCCACCAUUUGGAACGCUUGA